CCAUAAAACAAAAAGAAAAAUCCUUUCUCUUAAUUCGUAAAUGUGCUUGACAUGGCAAGCCUGUUAAAUCCUUCCAAUUAAUAAUACACUGGAUUUUUUUUUUUAAUCUAUAUUUUUUUUCUAAAUAUAUUUCAGAAUAUACCUUGAUUGUAAUGUACCUCAUUGGCUGCGGUUUUGUUUGUUGGCCUAACUAUAAAGGAUCUGCUUAUACCCUCGUGGGUUGGGAAGAAUUAGGAUUUAUGAAUUUAUUUCCUCUGUUGUAUUGUUUAAACAGCUUUGGUUUAGUUUUGAUCCCUUCCUCUUGCCUUUGAGGCUGUUCCACGGUGUCAGCUGUUGACUGAUAGUAAGAGAACUGCCUCACAGUGUGAAUGAAAGAAAACUAGCGGUUGGUAAACACUGAUAAGGGAUAAAUAGAAAGCGGUCAGGCAGAGAUAGUUCUGUGGGAGCCCAGAUUGUGUGCGGUCUGUUAAAAUGAGAUUCUGAGCCUGUCCUUUUUAUUCUUCCUCCCCUCCCCUCCUCUGUGCGGCGUUUGUCUGGAAAAUCUCCAGUGACCCGGCUCGGCAGUCCCAGGCUGCAGUAUUCUCUUUUUGUAUUUGUUUUGUUUUCUAACAAGGGUCAAGUUGGCCAAUAGACAUGUCCCUUAUGCUUAUAGACAGCUGUCAUGACUUCAAGUACUUACAAUGGUUACCUUUUCUAGGCGAUCUGCACCAAAAGGCACAGCUAAAAUAAUAAUAAUAAUAAUAAUAAUAAUAAUAAUAAUAAUAAUAAUAAUAAUAAUAAUAAUAAUAAUAAUAAUAAUAAAAUAAAAUUAAAUGAAAUAAAUAUUUGCAAAAACUAUAGGGACACUUUUUGUACUUAUUUUCACAUAAUUUACUUUCAAAUCCUGGUACCUGAGUUUAACAUUUUCCAAUUCUCUCUAUUUCAUUUAAGCAUCAUCAAUUAGGACUGCAUGAAUAUAUAAAUUAUUUUAUUAAAGUGAUAUACUUUCACUUAUGAAUUUUAAUUGUGAAAUUUCUCACCUAAAGGCAGUGAUAAUAACUGUUGCAUUUAGUUCUUUUUUUUUUCAUAAACGAGUCUUGUUCUUAAUUCUGAUGUGAAUCUGUGAUAUAUGUCAUAAAAAAGACCUUUAGAGGUUUUACCUUGAGGAUCACCAAGUGCUGUAUUUACACAGAAAAUAAUUCAGCCCACUGUAGCCCAGCAGCUAAUGAGUUUGGUUGUUAAGUAAACCACACAAAGGCUACCCUGAAAAAAAAAAAAAAAAAAGCAUUUUGGGGGAAUAUCACAGUGUCUCUGCACACACACACGAACACGCACACACGUACACGCGAUAACCAAACGCGCUCUCGCAGCAGCGACACCGUGGACUAUCCCGUAACCCCACCUCGAUAUCCUUCUGCUCCGUCUCCUCCCUGAUGUCCCGGAGAGAUGAAAAACAAAGGCUAAAAGGGGCAUGAUAAUGAAUUACACGAUCACUUCCUGAGAGAAAACAAACUUGAAAACAGCAGCCGGGGUGAACAGUGUGGAUCUGGCAUCUUAUCCUUCAGUGCACCCGGAAAACCGCAAUCAAAGAUGGAUACUGAAGGUGAGGAGCAAACCUUCAAAACAUGCAACAGUAGCACAGCCCUGGUGGAUUGGGCCACUGAAAGCCACAGCCCAUAUGGGUCCGCAGCAAGGAAGAGGAGCGCCCAGGAUGGGGUGCAGGGCGCCCCUGUCAAUAAGCGAAAGUCCCUGCUGAUGAAACCCCGCCACUACAGCCCCAGCGACGCAUGUGAAGAGGAGAGCGAGGACCUGGCACCGCCACAGGACAAAGAAGAGCUGAGGAACAUUGACACUCCAGCAGAUGGAAAUUUUAAAGCAGUGAAUGGAGUGGCUGACAAAAGCAGCUGCCUGGAUUCUGCGUCAAACUCUGUUUUGCUCAGAUGGCCUGAAGUUACGUCUAACGGCUCACCCCAGUGUGAGCUGGACACCUCUGAGCAUCUAAUACCGGAGGAGGAUGAGGAGUUCCCUAAAGAUGAAGAAGAGGACCAAAGUCAAGACAGGAUGAGCGGCACCUCAUCGCCGCAGAGUCCAUACGGAGACAUGAGGGAAGCUGAGUGGGAGCCCCUGUCUCUGUCUGCCAAAGACCACAGCUCAAACUGCAGCCCUUCCCGAGCCUCCGAAGACCUUCCAGGCAGAAACAGCCACAUGAAGGAAGAGUCUGAACUGGGCAGUCCGGUAGGCAGAGCGAGCAUUUUCCAAGCCGAAGCUUUAAGGUACAGGCUGCUCCCCGCUGAGGAGGACAGCGAGGGGGAGGCAGAGGCAGACAGGCUGCCCAGGCUCGACGGCUGGGCUCUGGGCCUCCACGACAGAGGCCUUGACAUGAGCAGAGGAAGAGUGAACCUCAGCCUGCUGGAGCAGGCCAUCGCCCUGCAGACGGAGCAGAGGCAGGCCCUACACCACGCCUACAGAGAAAUGGAUCGAUUCCUGCUGGAGCAGAUGACCAGCGAGAGAAGGCACCACAGGAUGAUGGACAUGGACAGCAGGCUCAACUACCAUGGAGGCAAAGACUCUCCCAGGACAGAUAAAAAGGAUAUAAAGUGUCCAACCCCCGGCUGUGAUGGCACUGGUCAUGUGACGGGCCUGUACCCACAUCACAGAAGUCUGUCUGGAUGUCCUCACAAAGUCCGAGUUCCCCCUGAGAUCCUGGCAAUGCAUGAAAACGUCCUCAAGUGCCCUACACCUGGGUGCACAGGAAGGGGCCAUGUCAACAGCAACCGUAGCACCCACCGGAGUCUCUCAGGCUGCCCCAUUGCCGCCGCAGUGAAAGUCUCCAAACCUCAAGACGAGAGCCUGAAGUGCAGACAAACACCUGACCGCUCGCCAAGGGCAAUCAGCUUAAUAAAGAAGUUUGAAAUGAACCAACUGAACUACAGGCUAUCUCAUCCAGUAGCAGCCUUGCAAACCAGCCUCACAAAAGAAAUGGACAAGUACAGCCGAAUUCGCUUCGAUUAUGCCAGCUUUGAUGCACAGGUCUUCGGCAAACAGCCGCUGCUCGGGACCAACCAAGACCAGGAAAUGUUGCAAUACCCUGACUCACCUCAGCAGUAUUCUGGCAUACUCGGAGCUUCGGGUGGCUGCGUGCCCAACUCUGGUCAACACAGUCCUCCGAGUCAAUUCAAAAAAGAAGACAGUCUCCAGGCCACUGCAGCGACAGCCGCCAUUCUUAACCUCUCCACUCGCUACCGGAAGAGCAUGGAAACCAUCAGCGGCCAGGCCUUGGCAACCUCAACCAAGGAUAUGCUAAUUGAGGUGGAUGAAAAUGGGACAUUGGACCUAAGCAUGAAGAAGUGCAAAGAGAAUGGAAAAGCCCGGGCCAAAACACCGUCGGACGAACAGCUGCUGUCACCUGAGUCUGCCCUGGUGAAAGGCGGAAGUUUACUCAUCGGCCCCGCCUUCUACCAGCCGCUGUGUGACAGAGAAACCUGGGAGAACUCCAUCCCUGUCAACUUCAGCAAAGCACAUGUUUUACAGGACAAAGAGGAGGAUUACGAUCAGGUGUCCUUGGAGGACCAGCACUAUCCAGGGGAUGGCAGUAUGUUAAGCCCCAAAGCCAAACUGCUGCUACGGGAUUCAAAGAAGGAGCUUUUGAGCUGUCCGACCCCAGGCUGUGAUGGCAGCGGCCAUGUGACAGGGAAUUAUGCAUCACAUCGGAGUGUGUCUGGAUGUCCCCUGGCUGACAAAACUCUCAAAUCACUGAUGGCAGCCAACUCUCAGGAACUAAAGUGCCCAACACCUGGCUGUGAUGGAUCUGGACAUGUGACUGGGAACUAUGCUUCGCACAGAAGUUUGUCAGGUUGUCCACGUGCCAGAAAAGGAGGUUUGAAGCUCACACCAAACAAGGAUGACAAAGACGAGCAGGAGCUUAAGUGUCCCGUGAUUGGAUGUGAUGGGCAGGGCCAUAUAUCGGGGAAAUACACAUCCCACCGUAGUGCAGGCAGUUGUCCGCUAGCUGCUAAAAGACAGAAAGAGUCGUCCAUCAAUGGCCUGCCCUUUGCCUGGAAGGCUAACAAGCAAGAACUGCCCCAUUGUCCCUUGCCUGGCUGCAACGGCCUCGGGCAUGCCAAUAAUGUAUUUGCCACUCACCGAAGCUUGUCAGGGUGCCCGCUCAAUGCACAGAGCAUCAAGAAAAAACACUCAGAGGAGGAGAUGAUGACUAUCAAACUGAAAACCAGCAGUGGCCUGUGUAAUCCAGGUGUUGAAAACAAAGAGGACAUUCACCAUCUGGAUCAUGAAAUCAAGGAAUUGAACAACUCAAAUAUGAAAAUUGAAGAAGACAUGAUGCACCUCCAAACACAGCAGAUCUCGUCGAUGGAAUGUAACCUGAAGACAAUUGAGGAGGAAAACAAGAUGAUCGAACAGCACAAUAACAGCCUUCUGAAGGAGCUUGCUCGCCUCAGCCAAGCUCUCAUUAACAGCCUGACAGACAUUCAGCUGCCUCAAAUGGGACCCAUCAGUGAGCAUAAUUUUGAAGCCUAUGUGAACACAUUAACUGAUAUGUACAACAACUCGGAGCAUGAAUACUCCCCGGAGUGCAAGGCCCUCUUAGAUAAUAUCAAACAGGCUAUUAAGGGCAUCCAUGUUUAAGCUGCAGAGCUACCAAGAGGUUCCUUUGACUUGGGAUAAUGGCACUAGAUAGCUCUAUUUCACUGAAGAGUGCUGGCUCGGCUGCAUGUAUAAGACAAGGCUUUUGGAAAUGUGUUCGGCAUUUCCUCGGUAAACACGCUGCACUGAGAAAAUUACCAGCCAGAUUUGUAGUGCUUUUACCGUUUCUGCAUUUAUCCUGGUGAGAUUUUUUAUUACGAUUAUUUUAUUUUUAUCCCCUCUUGCACUUAAUUAUUUUGUAUGAUUUGCUUGAUUUUAAUCUGUAUGUGUUUAUGUCAUUCUUAUAUUAUUGGUAUUUAUUACUAUAUUUGUUCCUCAGUGUAUUUAUUUCCUCAGAUUUUAUUUAUUUCUUGAACUGUAAAUGCUUAAUAUUUGAGAAAUCUGUUGGAUUUUCUGCACAUUGUAAAUUACACAAAAGCACAUUCCAGUUUUUAAUGGCAUACUUUCGCCAUCUAGUGUCGAAAAAGCUAGUCUAUUAUCACUCUUCUUAUUAGUUCAUAAGUUUAACUUCCCUUCAAAGAAAAAAAAAAAAACUACCAAAACUAAGUAUCACCGGUUUUAGGCAUUGCUUACUUUUGUUAUUGGGAACUGAAUGUAUUAGACAAAGUGAGAUUAAAAAAAUAUAUAUGAUAAUAAUAAAACAAAAUGCAAUGCAAGAGUACUGUACCUUUUUAUACUCAAGGUGGGGUGAGAAUGCAGCAUCAUUUAGGGAAUGUGAGUUUAUGCCCAAACGGAGCGCAUCUAAAACAAACAAAAAAAAAAUUAUCAAAAAUUCACUUUGUCAUAAUGAUUUUUUUGUUUUUUUUUUACAGAAAUAUAGAUAUUAAACUGCCUUCUGUGCACACACGCUGAAGUGUGCAUAUAGUAUGUGCCUAAAUGUAUAUGAAUCCAUGAAAAUAUACAAGUACUAUGUUUUGUGGUAGGACAGUAUUAUGUGGAUGGUGUCUAAUUUAUUCUACAGUACAAUUAUUUUCAUAGGAGGACGAGUUCCUGAUGACUGUUUGAAAACUGGUGUUUCAGUAGCUGUAAUCUCUGAGUCAGGUUCUUAAAGUAUGACUGACACUGAAAUUGUUUUUUUUUUUUCUUUUUCUUUGGCUUUUGUUUUACUCUUUUCUCCUCACAGGUCUUAGCAUUUCAACAGCUAUCAGAGUUUAAAUAUCCUAUUGGCACAUUUAAUAACCAUUUUAAAACUGUGUCAAAAAAAAUGGCAAUUUGGUUUAAAUCAGUCAUCACAGAAAAACAGUCGUUAAAGGCUGAUCAGUUGUUAUUUUGAGCAGCACUUUUGUGACAAUAUAUUUUAUGUCUCCAUUAGAUCAACAAAUGGAAGAAAAGGGAACAUUGUAUUUACUUUACACCUCCAUAUAUUUUUAGUCUCUCAGUUUGAAAUUAAUCCAAGAGUUGGGAAUGCAUAAUAUUCAUUUAUGCAAUAUGUAUUUAAUUUUUAGUCCAAUGUAGCCUUGACGGUUUUAAAAGCAAACAUUGUAAUAGCAAAGGAGCCAAACUGCAGAAAAUUGAAACCAUAUUUUAUCCAAACACAAGAAUUUUAAUCUUUUAAAAACCCAAUUAUGUUCUUUAAAUUUAAUCCUAUAUAGGUUGUUUUUUUUAUUUUAUUUAUUUAUUAUUGUUAUUAUUCCUAAACCACACGUUGUAUGCUCAGGAAGUUUUGUGAAUAAUAUUUAUUUAUUUUUUGCUCUUCUCCCUGUUAGUAUUUGAUGUUUUGUAAUGUGAAAAUGCUCUUUUUGUGGAACGAUAUUAGUAUGAAAUUGUACUGUAUUUUCUUUUUUUUUUUUUUCUUUUACAUUAAAAUGUAAUGGUUUUUUUUCAGUUGGGGUAGUUUGUAAAAUGGAAACUUCCUAUUACUUUUACUAUUUCAUAAUAAACAGAUAUGCGCUGUGUUGUACAGUUUGUGUAUGGUAGAAAUAAACUUUUCAAACGGU